AUGCCAGAGCUCUCUUCGAAGGGUCCUACCAUUUCUAAGAAAGGGUUUAAAAAGGCUGUAAUAAAAACUCAAAAGAAAGAAGGAAAAAAACGCAAGAGAUGUCGAAAAGAAAGUUAUUCAAUUUACAUCUAUAAGGUUUUGAAGCAAGUUCAUCCGGACACCGGCAUCUCCUCGAAAGCCAUGAGUAUCAUGAAUUCUUUUGUCACUGAUAUUUUCGAGCGUAUUGCUGGCGAGGCAUCGCGUUUGGCUCAUUAUAAUAAGCGUUCCACUAUUACAUCCAGGGAGAUCCAGACAGCUGUACGUUUGCUGUUGCCCGGGGAGCUGGCUAAACACGCUGUGUCCGAGGGCACGAAGGCUGUCACCAAGUACACCAGUUCCAAAUAA